UGAGGUGACGGCCCUUUUCCCUCCUCGUCUCUCUCUGUUUUCUGUAUCCCCAACAAAAAAAAGUACAACGGAUCUUCAUCAUUCCACCAUUGAAGAAGGAAAUCAAGAGGAGAGGGUUGAUCACCCUCUUCUCUCUCGUCCCUCUUCAAUCCCAUUUGAUCCCAAAGAAAACCAAAAUUUUGUUUUUAUUUAGAUCGCACACCAACUGUUUGAUAUAUGGCUUACGAGAAAAUGGAUUGGUCAGGGGAACCAAAGAAGAAGGUGGUCAUCAUUGGCGGAGGUAUCGCAGGUGCUCUCCUUGCGACGAUUGUUCAGAACAAGUGUGAUGUUUGCCUAAUCGACCCGAAGGAAUAUUUUGAGAUUCCGUGGGCGAAUUUGAGAUCGAAAGUGGAUCCAACGGUCGCAGAGAAAGCAGUGAUUAAUCAUAGUGAAUAUUUGACAAAUGGGAGAGUUGUAACAUCUACAGCCAUAAAUGUUACGGAGACGGAGGUUUGGACUUCAGAGGGGCGUUAUGUGCCUUAUGAUUAUCUUGUUAUUGCAACUGGUCAUAGUUAUGUUGUACCGAGAUGCAGGAGAGACAGGCUUGAACAAUUUCAAGAAGAUAACCAUAAGAUCAAAUCAUCUGAGUCCAUAUUAAUCGUUGGUGGUGGACCAACUGGUGUCGAACUUGCUGCAGAGAUUGCAAUCGACUACCCAGACAAAAGAAUAAGUCUAGUUCACAACGGUCCAAGAUUGCUAGAGUUUAUUGGUCCAAAAGCAGGUAACAAAGCUCUAGAGUGGUUGAGAUCGAAGAAAGUUGAUGUUCUCCUUGAUCAAUCCAUAAAUUUAAGAAAUAUAUCAGAUGGUGAUAGAGUGUAUCAAACGUCGAAUGGAGAUAUCAUUAAAGCCGACUGUUAUUUUGUUUGUGCGGGUAAGCCUGUGGGUUCACGGUGGCUACGCCAGUCUUUCCUCAAGGAAUUUUUGGAUAGGAACGGGAGGUUGAUGGUUGAUGAGAAUUUUAGAGUUGGAGGUCUCAAGAAUGUUUUUGCCAUUGGAGAUAUAACUGAUAUUCUUGAGCAAAAGCAGGGUUACACUGCACAAAGGCACGCUGCAAUUGCUGGAAAGAACUUGAAGAUCCUAUUGAAGGGAGGCAGAGACACUAAACUGUGGAAGUACAAAGGCUCAAUACAGAUGACCAUGGUCUCUCUCGGCAGGAAAAAUGGCGUUGCAGAGUUUCCUAUAGCCACGAUUGCUGGGUUUUUGCCUGGAAUGAUCAAAUCCAAAUAUUUGUUUGUGGAAAGGACGAGGAAACAAAUGGGGCUUGAUAGUUGAGAAAAAUCUUUGAAAUGUGUGUUAAUGGUCGAUUGCUUGUAUUUAAUAUGGGCAGUCUUGUAAAGUUUUUAAUGGUAUCUUCAUGAUUUUAUCUAAACUGGGGUCAUUUGAGAAACCAUUUGAGAAAUUGUGUUG